GCGUGCGUGCGUGCGUAGCGCUGCUAGUUUGUAACGGCUGUAAACGAGGUGAUGAUGGUGCAGCAUCCGUAAUCACCACCUCACUGGCCCUCAGUGGUAGCUUCAGUCAUCAGCCCUUACUACUCGAUCUCCGGCCGCAACUCGACAUCAAAGGCGCGUCAACAUGGAUUCACUUGAGCCUGAUCAGAUCGAUGCCCUCAGGAAGGCCUUCGACUCCUUCGACACAGAGAAGCAGGGCUUCAUCACCGCCGACACCGUCGGCACCAUCCUGAGGAUGAUGGGAGUCAAGAUCUCCGAGAAGAACUUGGCUGAAGUUAUCGCUGAAACUGAUGAAGACGGCUCUGGCCAGAUUGAGUUCGAGGAGUUCAUUGAGCUUUCUGCCAAGUUCCUGAUUGAGGAGGACGAGGAAGCUCUGAAGGCCGAACUGAAGGAAGCCUUCCGUAUCUACGAUAAGGAGGGCAACGGCUUCAUCACCACCGACGUCCUGAGGGAGAUUCUGUCCGAGAUCGACAACAAACUGACCGCUACUGAUCUCGACGGCAUCAUUGAGGAAGUCGACGAGGACGGUUCCGGAACCCUCGACUUCGAUGAAUUCAUGGAGAUGAUGAGCGGCUGAGAGAUCCAUCACCACCUGUCGACUUCCAUAAUCGUAUUCAUCAUCCUGUUCUUGUUCAUUCAUCAAUAUACGUAGACAGAUGAUUGAAAAGCAUUAUAUAUUUCAUAUUUCGUAAUUGCAUUUAUAUUUUCUCUUUCGUUAGGCGCGAAUACCUUCAUUCUCACGUAAGGAAGUGGAAAUUUUUUUUCUUUUCUUUUACUGUGAGAUUCGUCAUGUGAAUGACCAUUUGUUGGUGUUCUUUGAAAUAAACAUUUCAGUGGAAUAAGUCAUCUA